CCCGGGGCCCCCCAGGGACGAAGAACGUGAUCGGGGGGUGCCGGGCGGGGGGCGUUCGCUGCCUCGUCUACACCAGCAGCAUGGAGGUGGUGGGGCCCAACACCCGCGGGGACCCCUUCCUGCGGGGGGACGAGGACUCCCCGUACCCCACCCGGCACACGGAGCCCUACCCGCUCAGCAAGGCGCAGGCCGAGCGCCUCGUCCUGGAGGCCAACGGCAGCCCCGUGGCGGGCGGGGGGCGGCUGGUGACGGUGGCGCUGCGCCCCACGGGCAUCUAUGGGGAGCGACACCCCCUCAUGGCCGAGUUCUACCGGCGGGGGAAGGCGGCCUUCGGGUGGCUGCCCCGCACCCUCCCGCCCCACGCCGAGCACGGCCGCGUCUACGCGGGCAACGUGGCCUGGAUGCACGUGCUGGCGGCGCGGGCGGGGCUGCGGCAGCCGGCGUCGGUGGCGGGGGAGGUUUUCUACUGCUACGACGCCUCCCCCUACGCGCCCUACGAGGAGUUCAACAUGCUGCUGCUGGGCCCCGCGGGCUGCGCCUGGGGGGCCCGCGGCCGCCCCCCCGCCCUGCUGGCGCUGCUGGCCCGCCUGAACGCGGCGCUGCGGGGGCUGCUGCGGCCGCUGGGCCGCUACGCCCCCCUCCUCAACCCCUACACGCUGGCCGUCGCCUCCACCCCCUUCAGCGUCCGCACCGACAAGGCCCAGCGCCGCUUCGGCUACCGGCCCCUCUUCUCCUGGGAGCGGGCGCGGCGACGCACCGUCGCCUGGAUCCGCCAGCUGGACGCGCCCUGAGGCCGCGCCCACGACCCCGCCCCACCCGCAGGGACCCACCCCCACCGCCCCCCCCCCCGGCGCCCAGCUGCCCCCGCCGGCUCCCAGCCCAGGCCCGAGUGCGACCCCCCCCCCCCCCAGCGAGAGCCAGGCCGGGCUUUAGCUCCAAACCUGAGCCCAGCCCUGAUCCAGGCCAGGCUUUAGCCCUGACCCGGAUCCCAGCCCUGAUCCAGGCCGGGCUUUAGCCCUGACCCGGAUCCCAGCCCUGAUCCAGGCCGGGCUUUAGCCCUGACCCGGAUCCCAGCCCUGGUCCAGGCCGGGCUUUAGCCCUGACCCAGAUCCCAGCCCUGAUCCAGGCCAGGCUUUAGCUCCAAACCUGAGCCCAGCCCUGAUCCAGGCCGGGCUUUAGCCCUGACCCGGAUCCCAGCCCUGGUCCAGGCCGGGCUUUAGCCCUGACCCAGAUCCCAGCCCUGAUCCAGGCCAGGCUUUAGCUCCAAACCUGAGCCCAGCCCUGAUCCAGGCCGGGCUUUAGCCCUGACCCGGAUCCCAGCCCUGGUCCAGGCCGGGCUUUAGCCCUGACCCGGAUCCCAGCCCUGGUCCAGGCCGGGCUUUAGCCCUGACCCAGAUCCCAGCCCUGAUCCAGGCCAGGCUUUAGCUCCAAACCUGAGCCCAGCCCUGAUCCAGGCCGGGCUUUAGCUCCAAACCUGAGCCCAGCCCUGGUCCAGGCCAGGCUUUAGCCCUGACCCAGAUCCCAGCCCUGAUCCAGGCCGGGCUUUAGCCCUGACCCGGAUCCCAGCCCUGGUCCAGGCCGGGCUUUAGCCCUGACCCAGAUCCCAGCCCUGGUCCAGGCCGGGCUUUAGCCCUGACCCGGAUCCCAGCCCUGAUCCAGGCCGGGCUUUAGCCCUGACCCAGAUCCCAGCCCUGGUCCAGGCCGGGCUUUAGCCCUGACCCGGAUCCCAGCCCUGAUCCAGGCCGGGCGUUGCCCCCUGCCGGCCCCGCCUCUGGCCUCCAAUUGGCUGCAGCCUGGACCCCGCCCAGGAUCCGCCUCUGGCUCUUCCCCCCCACAUUCCAGCUCCAGGUUUUCCCCCUCACCUGGCUUUUGUUCCCCACCCCCUCAUUAUCAUGCUCAUUUGCAUCUCAUUAUCUCUGUGGCCAAUUAAAGGGACCUCUCCCGCCCC